AUGUUGUUGUUAAAUCAUCCACACAUUGCUCAAGUACAUGAUAUGGUCCUUGUGAAUGAUUACUAUUACAUGUUUAUGGAGUAUGUGGACGGUGGUCAAUUACUUGAUUAUAUUAUUUCGCAUGGUAAAUUGAAAGAGAAACAAGCAAGACACAUUUCAAGGCAAAUUGCAAGUGCAUUAGACUAUUGUCAUCGUAAUUCCAUUGUUCAUAGAGACUUAAAAGUCGAAAACAUCUUAAUAUCACGAAAUGGAAAUAUCAAAAUCAUUGAUUUUGGACUAUCUAAUGUGUUUACUGCUAGAUCUCAUUUAUCCACAUUCUGCGGGUCACUUUAUUUUGCAGCGCCUGAACUACUCGAUGGAAAACUUUAUACAGGUCCUGAAGUGGAUGUAUGGAGUUUUGGCAUUGUAAUUUAUGUAUUGGUGUGCGGUAAAGUACCAUUUGAUGAUCCUACUAUGACUGGUAUGCAUAGAAAAGUAAAGCAAGGACUUGUAGACUAUCCUUCUUAUUUAUCGACAGAAUGUAAACAUCUUUUACAGCGUAUGAUUGUGACAGAUGCAACACGGCGAGCAAGUAUGUCUGAAGUCAUUGUGCAUCCCUGGAUCAAUAAGGGGUAUGAUAAACUGGUUGAAAAUUAUCUUGUAAAAAGAAAACCUUUAAGGUUACCUGUGGACAACAAGGUCAUUGAAGGAAUGAAAGGGUUUGAGUUUGGAUCUAAAGAGACAAUUAAGGCAGAGCUAGAAUAUUUGAUUGAAUCAGAAGAGUAUCAACGAGAUGCCAAGCUUUUAGAAGCUCUAUCUGCUUCACCCAACGACAUCAGUCGUUCAAAUUCAAAGACUAGAAAGGCUUUUCAUCGCACUCAAGAUGAUCCCAUGAACAUGCCUGCUGCUUAUCACCCAUUAGUCUCCAUCUAUUAUUUGGUUCAAGAACGUAUGCAG